UUUGAUUUUUGCAACAACCCGGCAAGACGGGCUGCGCAAGGAUCUUUCUCCGAUGACAGCUACAAGAAGCUGGAAGAGGUGCUUUGAUGGAUCCGAGGUCACUCAGCUGGACUUUACAUCCAUCCUCUCACCUCCUGCUCUGGUCAGCACUGUCUCCGUUGUAUGCACCAACACGAGGCCAUGGGAUCAGCAGAUGGAGCAGAUUAAAAGGGCCAAUAAACUGUUUACCAAUGACUGUAUAUUUCUGAAGAAAACUUUGAGCAUCCCUGUUAUAUCAGAGAAGCCUUUGUUGUUUAAUGGGCUGAACUCCAUUGAGUCUCCAGAAAAUGAAACUGUUGAUAGCAGUUUUUCUCAGGAAGAGGAGCCUGUACUGGCUGAGGAAAAACUCUCUCCUCCCAGUCCGCAAGAAUCUGACAUUAAGCCCGUGAAGCUUGAAGAAGUGUCAGCCAGAGAUUUCCUACAGAGACUCGACCUGCAAAUUAAGUUAUCAACUCAGGCAGCCAAGAAACUAAAAGAAGAAAGCAGAGAUGAAGAAAGCCCCUAUGCAACCUCCCUCUACCACAGCUAAGUACUUAGGAGACAGAACUCUAACCUGGAUUAAGGGAUCGUUGGACCUACAGAUUCCAGCCACUGGAGACUCAAAAGCCUCCCUUUUGGAUUCUCCUAGCGAGCAGCUUAAAAUCACGAGCAAGUAGCCUCACCUGCGGCAGUCGCGCUGAAGCGAUUCGUUCCCUCUGGCUUUCUGUGAUGUGAAGUCUUCAUUAGGCAUGACAGCAAAACUGUGUCCUGCAGCCCCGCACUUUUGUAGGUGGUGGUAGUUUUUUAGACUCGCUUUUGUAAAUACUGAUUGGCAGGAAGCAUCAAAGACUACUGAUCUAAUUAAGCUUAAAGCAACGUUUAUCUCCUGAUAAAAUCCUGCUCAUGUGGAACGUGUGGUUGCCGUUUUAGUGAUGCUGAAUUUGCUGUGUUUAUAAAGUAAACGCUAUAGACAUAUAUAUUUCGAAAUGUAGUACACAUUCUGUAUUAAUAUAAAGAACUGAAUUUUUGUUUGCUAUUUUGUAAAAAUAAACUGCAAAAGUCUGAAU